AUGCCAAGUUACGCAAAAUUCCUCAAAGACAUUUUGAGCAAGAAGAAGAAACUGAACGAGUUUGAGACUGUGGCCCUAACAGAAGGUUGUAGCGCCCUCCUUUCAAAUAAAAUUCCCCCUAAAUUCAAAGAUCCCGGGAGUUUCACAAUUCCCUGUUCAAUAGGUGGGAAAGAAAUUGGAAAGGCUUUGUGUGAUUUAGGUGCCAACAUUAACCUCAUGCCCUUGUCAGUAUUCAAUACCUUAGGCACAGGUGAGGCUAGACCAACCACAAUCACCCUUCAAUUAGCAGACAAAUCCAUAGCUCAUCCAAAAGAAAAAAUUGAGGAUGUAUUAGUUCAAGUGGAUAAAUUCAUUUUUCCCGCUGACUUUAUCAUUAUUGAUUUUGAGGCUGAUAAAGAAAAUCCAGUCAUCCUAGGAAGACCAUACUUAGCAAUCAGUAGGACUUUGAUUGAUGUUCAGAAAGGAGAAUUGACUAUGAGAGUGAAUGAUCAGGUUGUCACUUUUAAUGUUUUCAAAUCCAUGAAAUACCCUGAUGAAAAAGAUAAGUGUUCUAACUUGAGUGUCAUUGAGUCCUUGUGCCACAAAGAAGGAGUUAAAUCUAUGUUAGACUUAAGCAAGACUGAAGUUGUUGAGAAGAUAACGCAUGGAGAGGAAAGUGAGAUCACCCUGUUGUAA